GUUUGACAUUGACUAAAUUGGUCAUGUUUGUUGAAGAUAAAGAAUGAGAAAAGAAAGUGGUCAACCAUAUGGUGCCAUCUAUGCCCUAAUGACGGUAUGUAUGACGUUGACGUAUAAAGUGACAAUUUGUAGGUUGCGGUGCGUUUUUGCUCUGUGCUUGUGUAGCUUGCGCAAACACACAAUGUUGCUAAUGCAAAAUUAGACCUUUUGGAGUCGUCACAUAUGACAACUUUUCCUGUGAAAAAUAUUUAUACACAAAUUCAAAUCAAAAUGCGCAUGAUCUGCAGUAGAGCAUUCUAGAGUUUAGUGAGUCUACCAGCUAUCCUUUUUUCAAUUUAUCGAUCUCUGUCUGUUCAACAGUGGUUGUAGUUUGUGCACGAGAACUCCGUCGAAUCUUCUAGAAAUUUUUCCAUUUUGCUAUAGUUCACAUUUGCCAUCGAUUUAGCAGUUUCAUUGAGCUCGUAUCUGUGGUGACAUCGCACUUCGAAGAGGCGAUUUUAACGUUCGUAGUGUACCACGUUCCAGAAGUAUUCACUUAUUUCUGAGAACUAAACAUUGGAGAUGGUGAAAGAAACAAAAUUCUACGAUAUCUUAGGUGUAAAGCCAGGCUGUAGCCAAGAUGACCUCAAAAAGGCAUAUAGAAAGUUGGCCCUUAAAUAUCAUCCAGACAAGAACCCAAAUGAAGGAGAGAAAUUCAAGCAGAUAUCUCAAGCAUAUGAGGUUUUGUCAGAUCCUGAGAAGAAACGAAUCUAUGACCAAGGUGGUGAACAAGCCUUGAAGGAGGGAGGUGUUGGUGGAGGCUUCUCUAGUCCUAUGGAUUUGUUUGAUAUGAUCUUCAGUGGAGGAUUUGGGGGAGGUAGAGCAAGAAGACGUGAGCGCAGAGGAAAAGAUGUGGUCCAUCAACUGACUAUCACUUUGGAGGAACUCUACAAGGGUACUGUUAGGAAAUUAGCUUUACAGAAGAAUGUUAUCUGUGAUAAAUGUGAAGGUAGAGGUGGCAAGAAAGGCGCUGUUGAACAGUGCCCUACCUGCAGAGGAACUGGAAUGCAAGUUCAAGUUCAACAACUAGGACCUGGAAUGUUACAACAAAUACAGACUGUUUGCCCUGAAUGUCGCGGCCAAGGUGAACGUAUCAAUCCAAAAGAUCGUUGCAAGCAGUGCCAAGGAAAAAAGGUGGUCCGCGAUCGCAAGAUCCUGGAAGUGCACGUAGACAAAGGCAUGACGGACGGUCAGAAGAUCAUCUUCAACGGAGAGGGCGACCAGGAGCCAGAUCUGGAACCCGGUGACAUCAUCAUCGUGCUGGACGAGAAGGAGCACCCGGUAUACAAGCGAUCGGGCAACGAUCUGAUCUUGCGCAUGGAGAUUCAGCUGGUCGAGGCUUUGUGCGGGUUCCAGAAAGUCAUUAGGACGCUGGACGACAGGGAUCUGGUCAUUACGGCGCUACCCGGCGAGGUGGUCAAGCACGGGGAUGUCAAGUGUAUACUCAACGAGGGAAUGCCCCAGUACAAGAAUCCGUUCGAAAAAGGCCGAAUGAUCGUUCAGUUCUGGGUGAACUUCCCUAAGACCCUCCCUCCAGAAUCGAUCCCACCACUAGAGAACGCUCUGCCUCCGCGCACUGAGUGCAUCAUUCCGGACAGUGCCGAGGAGGUCACGCUGGUGGAGUUUGACCCGGAGCAGGAGAGGCGACGUGCCCAGAAGAACGCGUACGACGAAGACGACGAGAUGCACGGACCCGGACAGAGAGUACAAUGUGCCACCAACUAAGAGCAGGUGACAGAUGCAGGGGAAAGGACGUCGGACACUUGUCCAAGCUACAACGUCAGUUUGGAAAAAGAAUCAUGUUAAUGGGUUUAAGUUUAUUUUGGUAAAUGUUUUGCUGCUUGCUUGGUUCAGUCUCACUUAAUAGGGCCUACAGACUCACGUUGAGAUUAUCGUUAUUUUUGAAUCCCUAUCAUAUCGCACACCAGUACUUUUUGAUAUCGGUGAUUUAAAAGGCUCACGGUACUCGAAUAACGACGAGUGAGACCAAGUUAUCAUUUUCGUUGCCGUGUUCUGUCAAAAACAACAUAUUCUUCAAAAGUAUUCUAAAAGUAUUUCAGGAAAAAAACAUAUUCUUCAAAAGUAUUCUAACUGCAUAACAAUAUUUCUAUUCUAUGUCAGUAUUUCCACUGCUGUUGUCGUCAUUGUCUAUUUCUGCAUCAUUGUCUCCAGUAUCUUGUUUAUGAGUAUUUAACAACCUUUUAUAAAACAUUAUAUGUUCAGGUUUUUUAAUAUACUUUGAUAAAUUUAAUAGAUGCUCAAUUUUGGAUUGUGUUAGUGGAACUGAUUCAUUGUAGUUUUGCGUCAGACGAAGUUCUCCUGGUAAGGAUUUGUUAUUUCGUAUGUAACUACGUUCCCACUCUCCAGAAUAACUUUGUCUUGCAAGUACAUAUCCUGGUUCAUUUCUGUCAUACUUAAGCAUUCUUGCUGUUUUAAUUUUUACCAGUGGGUUUGGGUUUUUUAGAAAGUAUGGAGAAAUAUUGCUUGAUAAAUCAAAUAUCAUGUUUGAGUUUACGUUAACAAGUUCAUAUGGGGAUGGUUUUUCUCGUCCUUCCUGUAUAAUCUUGUCCCAUUCUGAAGGUUUCUUGUGUUUCUCAAUGAUAGAAAAGUCUCUGUCAUUUGAUAAAAAAGAAUGUCCUCUAACUGGAAAUAUGUGAAUAAUACUUUCGAACAUCUGCAAACAGUGAACUAACACAUACAAAAAACGCAUGAGAACAUAUUUUUUAUUUUGCCCAGCACACCCAUCGCUGAGCAAUAUUAAUUUUUUUGUGGUAACUUCAUGGCUUUUUAAAAACUGAAAAAGUAGAGAAGCGACAUCAUUUUGUGCUUUUUUUCGCAACAGUUUCGUCAUAACAGUACAUUGUUGCAUUAUGUAUUCCAAAAACAUAGUACCACAUCUGAAUGGCGUAAAAAACUUCAUUUGUGCGAAUAUGGGGAACUGGUAAGUUCUGCAUAAAAUCGAAAGAUAUGCAACAAUAAUCGUCAGGAUUUUGCAUAGCUAAAUUUCGGUAAUGCUUCCUUAGCUGAUAAAACUUUUCGGCUUUACAUAAAUGUAGAUUUUUUUCAGUCUUUGAAUUUGCUUUUUUUCUGUCUGUUUCGAGGUUUAUUUGUUGCAUUAAGUUGUCGCAUAUGCCACAGGUAUCACUUUUUGGAAUACCAAACUUCAACUUAAAAUCCCCUGUAAAAACCUGCCAAUAAACUUUAUAAGUGACUCGCAUAUCUGCAUUUUCUUCACAAAACAUUUUAUACAUUUUUUUGCAACUUAAAGUUUCUGGUAAGUAGUAUACAUUUGGAUUAUCUCUGCGAGAAUAAUGAGACUGUUGACACUUCCGUAUAUGCUACAAAAUGCUUUGGCACACGCCAGCACUUCAUUGACCCCAUCUCUUAUUUUGCAUUUAUAAGAAGCUAGAUGUUGAUGUUUUUGUAGUAAAGGCUCAUCCACAGCAUCUUCCACUUCAUGAUUUUCAUUAUCCUGUGGCACAUCUUUGCCGUGGGGGGCCAAAUGAUAUUAAUCCUAUAAAAAUGUAUUAUAAGGUACCUACUAUUAAAGCAUAUUAUGUUAUAUUACCAGCAAGAUGACUGUCCUGGGCAUCUUUAGAUUGCAGCAUAUUAAAUUUGGUUAAAGUGGUAUUUCUUUUGUCUUCUGUAAUCUUCUCAAAGCAUUUUAAUCGAGCACAUCUAUAAAAUAUGUAUUAUUUAAACAAAGCUAUAGAAUAUAUUCCUAAAGUCAUAACUAACAUGCAAUCUGGCCCAGUAACUCUAGCUUGCUUGGCUAUUCCCUUAUUAUUAAAAAAAGGUUCACCUUUAACCCUGGCUAUUUUGUCCAAUUUCCUUUUAUUGGUUUUUGGAUUCCUUCUUUCUGGUAUUUCAGUAUCCAUCGCUGGAUUUUGUGUUUCAUAUUCCAUAUUUGUGAUAUUAAAAUAAUAUUAAUUUGACACACGUCACGUUUAACCAUCAAUCAACAAUAAACACUUUUCUAACCUAACUUUGUAUAACGUUUCUCGAAAAAACAACACAUGUCAUUGACAAGUGUUGUUUUUAUGGGAAACCUAUGUUGACUAAUGUCGUUCUUAUGGAACCGACGAUUCUUUAAACGCAUUUUAGUCGGAGAUAUGUGCUUUUGACGGGAAACUUAAACAUCAGAAAGCAGCAUUGAAACAUGUAGAACACAACAGCGUUGCCAACUCAAUUUCAACAAAAAGUAACUAAUGUUGUUUUUCCCGGAAACCCCUCAAUUGGCCUUUUAAUUUGGGCAGUUAACAUCGUUACGAGCUUAUACAGGGUUCCUUCAAUAAGUAUCGGGAUUGAAAAAUCAAAAUUUAUUACAGUUAUCAUUACAAGUACUUAAUAAUCUUCAAAAUACAUUCCUCCUGCAUCGAUCUCUUAGAUCGGCGCGUCUGCCACUCAGAAGCCCGCUGGAAGCCGGUUUCCGGAAUACUGUUUUGAGUCUUUGUCGUCGCCGCUUGAAGCGCCUCGAUGAAAUCGAACCAAUGUCCUUUCUAUUCGCAGAAGCGCCCAGUUCUACAAGGCGUGAUCACGUCACGGUUUUUCACGGAGUUUGAUAAAUCUUGAUUCCUGAUUUAGAAAUAUCGGCUCGUAAAAUAUCUGCUACCACUAGUCGAGACUUCGCGCUAAGCUGGCUCGCGAGCAUAGCUGCAAAGUUCAUUUUUGUUUUCUUUUAGCAGUUCUUAAAGCGCAACUUAAUGUGAAAAGCUAUAGUAAACCGCAGGACAACACAUUCGAUUUUGGGGUGUCAGUAUAUCAAAAGGACUAGAGGUAGUAGUAGUUGAAGGAAGGCUAUGCCUAUCAACUUGGCUACUUUUGACCCUUUUUGCUGAUCCUAUUUUUGUGGGGGUUGAGAUAAGCUGUUCUUAAUAUAAUGAUGUUGUUUUGGAAAAUUCAGAAAAUUCUGUGCUGAAAUUCUCGCAAUUUAUUUUCCUGCUGGUAUUGGAUCAGUAUUGAAAGUGGUAUUUGUUGUUGAUACUUCAGACUUAGUUUUUUCUGGACAUUUUUGCACAUGUCGCUAGGCGGACUUCAAUUUGGAUUCCUUUUGGAAACAGUUACCAUCUAUACUUCGUCCUGUUAUCUCCUAUUCUAAUAUUUUUCUUCAAACAUAUCCAUGAUUGCCACUCCAGAAAAAACGCACAUUGAUCUUCAUGCAUGCUGACAUUUGAAGCCCCUAGUGUGCGUUUGUUAGCGUCCAACUUACCUCUUGCUGCUGAUUGUAAGUCUUACCACUUCCUGGCUUCAGUUUAAUCUAAACUGGUGAAGUAGUCAUGCGGCAAGUACGCCAAUUUCAAGGUGAUACUUUCAUUUUUUAAGUGUUGUGCAACGAUUUCGAAAAAAAUAUCGCUAUCGAUAGCCUUAUUUAGCCUAGUACACUUAUAUAUCCAUGUAGAGAGUAAUAUGUAAAGGCUAAGGGAUAUUGUGCAAAAUUGUUAUUAAGGCAAGAAACUUUGUCCUUGUAAUGUGUUAACGUAUGUCCAUGAUAAGAUUUGGUCACACUGCAGUCUUAAUACCAGGAGCAUUGAAUCUCAACAGUGGAUUAUUCUUUCCUGUAAAAAUUAUAGUUUUGGCAUGUUUAUUAGAAAACUUAAAGUUGCAUUACAGUGAGUGGUACAAGCAUCUUUAGAACUACUUAUGAUCAUCACUAACCAGCACAGCAGGUAAACGGUUUACAGAACAAUUAUAAUAAUAAUUUAAUAUAUAACAAUAUGUAAGCGCCAGCUAUUCUUAUGAAAUUAGUAGAUUUUAUCAUUUUCAGAACGAUUCAGAACUUUAUGACGAAGCAGGCAAUACCUUUACAGGAAUUUCAUGUAUUAUAAUAUUUUGUAAUCCAUACUUUUAUUAUUAAAAUUUAAAAAUAACUAAGUCUUGUAGUGAUAUCGCAUAGUAUUGUAUUAUUAGAAUAAAGGCGAACAUAUCUUCUCUGAAAUACCAUGAAACUGACGUUGUAGUUAGUGCUUUAAAUAAUCAAACUGAUUUGUAAAGAAUAACUUUCCAUUUGUCAUAUAAUAAGCACUGGAAAUGUUCCUUUUACGAGCAUUUAAUUUACAAUUCCCAUUGACAACGUUUUAUUCAUCCAAAAUUUUUAAAGGUGUGUGCUUAAUGGAUGCGGUUAAAAGUUUCUCCAAUGAAUGGCAAAAUAUUCGUAACGCUCCAUACAGUGUAGCUAGGAUAUAUUUCUUUCUUCACACUUUUAGGUAGUUUAUUCAUUUUCGACGUAUUUAAUAUUAUUUUGUGGAAUUACUAUAUGGCUGGAUUGACGAUGUUCUGUAUUUUUUUUGUUCGAAAUUCUUUUCGGAAUACAGGUUUUUAAUGAAAAA